ACGUAUGAAAAUCAACUUUUAGUGGUUCCCCGAUAUUCAUUAUUGAUGCCAAUAAACAAAGUGCAUACGAAAGUAUCGGAAAGAGCAAUAAGUAUAAAAGCAAUGCUAUGAGUCCUACAAAGACAUCAUUUCCUUGUGAACUCUUGUCUCGACAGCAAUUAAGGACUCGAGAAAAAUGAGAAGCUUAGCAAUAAGAGCAGCUUUAGCUGCUGUGCUUGUUAUCGUAGUUAAUGGAGAAACAUUCGAAUCACACUCGAUAUAUCCACACGCUAUUAUUUCAAAAAAGACUGAUACUCAUCAACCAAAUCUUCAAAUUCCUGAAAUUCAAGAAUAUCAAGAUCAAUUUGACGUGGUAAACAUACAUCGUAAACGACGUGAAGCUGAUCCUGAGUCUAACAAACCAAGACCUCAGCAAGUGCCUCCACGUCCGCCACACCCGAGACUUCGUCGUGAAGCUGAUCCUGAAUCUAACAAACCAAGACCUCAGCAAGUGCCUCCACGUCCGCCACACCCGAGACUUCGUCGUGAAGCUGAUCCUGAGUCUAACAAACCAAGACCUCAACAAGUGCCUCCACGUCCGCCACACCCCAGACUUCGUCGUGAAGCUGACCCUGAGUCUAACAAACCAAGACCUCAGCAAGUGCCUCCACGUCCGCCACACCCGAGACUUCGUCGUGAAGCUGAUCCUGAGUCUAACAAACCAAGACCUCAGCAAGUGCCUCCACGUCCGCCACACCCGAGACUUCGUCGUGAAGCUGAUCCUGAGUCUAACAAACCAAGACCUCAACAAGUGCCUCCACGUCCGCCACACCCCAGACUUCGUCGUGAAGCUGAUCCUGAGUCUAACAAACCAAGACCUCAACAAGUGCCUCCACGUCCGCCACACCCGAGACUUCGUCGUGAGGCUAAUCCUGAAUCAUCGAGGAUAAGAAUUUAACAAGUUACUCUAGGUCCUUCAAACUUGAUAAAAAUAUUAUCGGUGAUCAAGACAAUCCUUAAUUAUAUUUUCCUCUUUAUAAUAUUUUAUACAUCCAUGACGAUAAAUAAUACUACUUUA